GAGUGACGCAUGCGCAGAACGCAGCCGCACCGAAUUCAGGAUCAGCUGCAGCCAGGGAGCAACAAAGGUGCGUUGUUGAUCGACAAGAAACCCCCAACACCACAAUGUCGGGAUUUGACAACAACCCGUUCGCCGACCCUGUGGACGUAAAUCCCUUCCAGGACGCUUCUGUCACGCGGGCCACGCGAGGAGCCGUUGAUGGGAUCCAGGAAUACAACCCUUUCUCCACUGAAUUGAAGGAUCGCAGUGACACGACCAUCCCCAUUUCAGCCGUUUCCUCUCAACCCGCCGUACUGCAAACAUCUGUGGAGCAGAGUUCACAAAUAUCUGCUGCGACGGCUGCCGGUCAGGCGAAUCUGAUCAAGCAGCAAGAAGAACUAGAGAGGAAAGCAGCAGAGUUGGAGCGAAAGGAGCAGGAACUUCAGAACAGGGCAUCCCGAAACACGGGCGUCGCUGAGAACAAUUGGCCGCCCCUGCCCAAGUUCUUUCCUUUGAAGCCAUGCUUUUACCAAGACUUUGAGGUAGACAUCCCUGAGGAAUACCGCCGGAUCUGCAAAAGAAUGUACUACCUGUGGAUGUUUCAUUGUGUGACCCUGUUCCUCAACGUGCUGGCCUGCCUGGCCUACUUCACUGUGGACUCUCAGUAUGGUGUCGACUUUGGUCUGUCGAUCCUCUGGUUCCUCCUCUUCAGUCCUGUCGCCUUCAUCUGCUGGUACAGACCCGUAUACAGAGCCUUCAGGUCCGACAGUUCCUUCAGCUUCUUUUUCUUCUUCUUCGUCUUUUUCUUCCAAGUGGCCGUGUACAUCAUUCAGUGUGUGGGGAUCCCCAAGUGGGGCAACAGUGGCUGGAUUGCGUCCAUCAGCAUGAUCAACAAAAACCUGGCUGUGGCCGUGGUCAUGAUGGUGGUGGCUGGCUUUUUCACUGUCAACGCCGUCCUGGCCGUCAUGCUGCUAAAAAUGGUCCAUUCCAAGUACAGACGUACAGGCGCCAGCUUCACCAAGGCUCAGCAGGAGUUCUCCAGUGGUGUCCUGACCAACAGAACCUUCCAGUCUGCUGCUGCAACAGCUGCUCAGGGAGCCUUUAGCAGGGACUAAAACGUGACGUUUUUCUUGUGUUCUCUUAAACCUGUCACAUCCUUGAUGCACAUAUCAUGAUAAUUGGGAAAAAAAGCACAAUGAUCACAAUCGUGUUGCCACAUAGUUGUGGUUUGUGUUAAACAAAUGUGCUGUACAUGGUUGUAGGCUAUAUUUAAAAAUGUACAAGUCCAGCCAUGAUAGCUUUUGAGGGAUUUAUGGCUUGUUCAUGCUUUGAAAUGCACUCUACAGUGAGUACACCUCAACACAAUUGGGCAAGAUGAGGCCGUUGUAAAAACAACGCUGAAUUGGAGGCAGGCCAUAUUAACAUUGCAUCACCACAAGAAAAACACUCGAAUGUCAGUAAGGUCAAUGUGCUACUUUUAGAGCCCAGUUUAAUUAAUUUGGAAAUUUAGAUCCUGCCAGUAGUAUUAUGUUAUUUUUUAUUUUUAAUAACGAAGGAAGUAUACAGAGUAACAGUGGAAAAAUGAAGUGAAAUUGUUCAUUCUGGCCUUGAGCGAGGGACCCCUGAUAAAGAACAGGUUAGCAGCUGAAAAUGUUGUGGUCCAAACUUGUGAAAACAGAUGGCUGAGGUCAAUUAUUUUCAUAGUCUGCAUGCACAGCCUCGGUAAUAGUGCAUCUCUAGGGGAAGGUUACUUGUUACUCUGGCCCACUUUUGCAUAUUUUCUUGUGUAUGCUUUUAAUAAGUAAUGAAGGAAUUUCUUUGCUUACUGGCUUUAAUGAAGGGUGAAACGAAAACUGUUCACAAGCCAACAUUAAGUUGUCUUAAACAGAUGAUCACAUUUUAUACAUUUUGAUUUGUCAAGAAUUCCAUGCCUGUUUAGAAUCUUAAAGUGCGUGGCAGGUGUUUAUUUAUUCACUGUUGCAGGGAGAAUGCAAACCAUAACCAAGAAAAUAGAUUAACGAGCAAAAGAACAUAUUUGUGUCCAUUUUCCAGACACUGCUAAUUGUAUUACAGAUUUCACCGAUGUAAAACUUGUUUGACGUUGAUUGUCGAUUCAGCCUUGUCUUUAAUAGUCAAUGGCUUUUAAACAUUUGAGAUUAUUGCUAGUUAUUCCGAGUCACCAUUUUAUCAAAAAGUGCAUUUCCAAGUCUGGUUGGUGUUUGUGUCACUAGUUUGUCUUUACAUUCUGCUGUUCUCUUUUCUGCUAGUCAUCUUAAUAAAUGUAGAAGUUUUAGUCUGAAUUGAUAAUUACUUUCAAAUGUUCAAAAAUUCCCGAUCUAGGAGGAUGAUGAUGAUAAAUGAAGGAUGCCCUCAAAAUACUUCACCUUUACCUUCGAAGGGUAGAGAGUAUUUAUGGGUGGCGAACUCUCUGUGUACAGAAAACAAUUACAAGGCUGCAGAAUGCAUUUUAAAUUAGCAUAAUCUCAAUCUUAGUUGUCACUAUUAAAGCACUCUAAAUCCAAGCAAAUGUUUUGUACCUGUGCCUUAAACAGAUGGAACCUACAUAUUUUGUAUCACUUUUCUUUCUCUUUUGUCUUGAGAAAUGUUUUUUUCUUAGGUAUGUUGUAUGUAUGUAGGUAUGUUGGAAAAAUUGUUUUAUAUAUUUUUAUUUUUAGGGCUUCUGAUAGGACAGUUGAUUGAAUAAAUCCCUCCUUAAUCUUA